AUGGCAGAAUUCCAGGAUGAGCUGAAUCAAGCAACAACCACUGCACGCAAGAGUCCCACUAUAGCUGCACUUAACACAGAAUUUUUGAAUUUCAAGGCGUUUAUAUGUAGUGGUCUCUCAGUACUUCGUACCGAAAUAGAUACUCUACGCAACAAUGUCGAUCGCCUGGAGAUGCGUUUCCGUAAUAAAAUGCUUCUUGUACAUGGCGUGCCUGAGCAAUCCGGCGAAAAUACGAGGGCUAAGAUAGUUUCCAGCUUAGCUUUGAGAUGUUCUGUACCUUCUCCGACUAUGAACAGCAUAGUUGCUAGUUUCAGGAUGGACAAAGCAAUGAAUAACAGUAGCAAGCCACGACAUAUAGUUGUUAAAUUCGCUGAAACAUCGGUACGGGCCGCUCUUUGGAAAAGUAAGACCAUGCUUAAAGGUACAAAGAUAACUCUUUCAGAGUUCUUAACCAAGACCCGACACGACGUAUUUACGGCUACAAGACAGAGAUUUGGCGUUUCCAAUUGUUGGACACUAGAUGGGACGAUUCACAUCAAGACUCCAAAUGGCAAAAGGCGAAAGUUGGAAUCGAUGACAGAACUUACCGCCUUAGCUUCAGAACAUUAA